AGGUUUUUUUCGCUCAAAAGAAAAUCAAAAUGGUGGGUGUGUCGAUUCUGCUACAUGGAGCCAGAUUUGUAGAUGAUCUCACGGAGGUGACUGGGGCAUGGUUCGUCCUCGAACUCACCGCCAGCGGCACCGAGGUCAAAGAGGCAUUUCAAGGCAUUCCAAAUUUAGAGGAUUUCCGUUUGUUUGAUUCAACUUGUGCUCUGGUCGGUCAUUAUUUGUGCGUCAUCGGCGGAAGAGGCCACACCAUGGACACUCUGCGUUCUGGACACUGAAAAUCCAGACGAAAAGGGGCUGGGUUUCAAGCAAAUUAACCGUACCAUUUAUCUGCCCCAGGCCAACCGUGGCGGCCAUUGGUGAAGGUAUCUUUGUCUUCCGUUCCUCUGGCCGAGACUCAGGUAAUGUCUCUUGAAAUGAAAAUGAAUUAAGAUA